GAAGAUGAGGCCGAUGAUGACGAUGAGGAUAAGGAUGAUGAUGACGUUGAUGAUGAGGGUGAUGAUGAUAAUGGUGAUGAGGAUGAUGAUGAGGAUGACGAUGAGGAUUAUGUUGAGGAUGAUAAUGAUGAUGAUGAUUAGGAUGAUGAUGAGAAUGAUGUUGAGGCCGAUGAUGAUGAUUAGCAUGAUAUUGUGGAUGAUGAUGAGGAUGAGUGUGAGGAUGAGGAUGAGACUGAUCAUGGUGAUAACGAGGAAUAGGAUGAUCAGGCUGAUGAUCAGGCUGAUGAUUAGGAUGAUGAUGAGGGUGAUGAUGAGGGUAGUGAGGAUAGGAGGAUGA